AUGGACGGCCAUGGCGACCAUGAAGUGGACAUGCCAAACGGAGACGCGACCACGCCGCCAGCUCAGGGGGAGGACAACGGUCAAGCAGCGGCUGAAGGUGGACUCAAUAACCUACCACCAGCUCAAACGGGUCUCGCCUACUACCUCUCCUUCUUCACCGGAAAUGUGAAGCCCCUCAGUGACUGGGCCUAUGACAAACCGAUACCUGUUCGGUUCCCGAUAGCUUGCACUAGAGCCUUAGGACAGCCCCUUUUCGUGAACAACCCGUUCAGCGGACUCCUGAUCCUGGUCGGACUGUUUGUGCAGAGUCCCUGGCGGACUAUCUGCGGACUCUUGGCCAUGUUGUCGGCCCAGACUACGGGUCUAGUCCUGCAUCUAGAUCGCGAUGGCUUGGACAACGGAGCGUUCUCGUUUAACGGUCUCUUAGUUGGAUAUGUGUUGGCAUCAAGCUCUGCUGCGGGGGAUUGGUAUGGGUACCUGGUUUUCCCCGUGGCCAUCUGUGGUAUGUUUAGUACAAUACUGAACAGCGCCCUCUCUGUUCUACUUUCUAACUGGGGUGUCCCGUCAUUCAACCUGGCGUUCAACGUCGUCGCUGUCUCUUUCAUAGCAGCCACCGGUCCUCUAAAUCCCCACUUUCCCCAGCAUGGUGGGGGUCCCAACCCGAUCCCUUGGGGAGAGGAAGCACUGGACUGGCUCCAGGUACUAGCAAGCAUUCCACGAGGUAUAGCCCAAUGCUAUGGCAGUGACAGCCUCAUUACGGGUUGUUUGAUGAGUAUUGGUAUGCUUAUCUGCUCUCCUAUUGUUUUCAGUCAUUGCCUGCUAGGUUCUACGCUCGGAGCUCUGACAGGUCUUGCUCUUGCAGCACCUCCAGCAGAAAUCUACAACGGUAGCUGGGGAUACAAUUCGGCUCUCACUUGUGGGGCCGUAGGGGGCGUCUUCUAUGUAUUGAAUUGGUCGUCACAUCUAAUGGCACUUAUUUCUGCUAUUUUCGCUGCGUUGGUGAGAGGGGCGAUGGCCCGAUUUUUCGCCGCGGCCCAAGUACCCGUGGUAGCAUUUCCAUUCUGCAUUGUAGCUGCUCUCUUCCUAUUGGUGGACAGUAACAGCAAACAGCUUCUGCGCGUGCCCGGUGACCGCAUGACCUACCCGGAAGAACAUCGUAAACUUUUUAAGUCGACCACGGUUGGAGUCACAAACGUCCAACCCGACCAAGACCCGACGUAACUUCAAAAGCAAAGAUGAAUACUUCUGAACACUAUACGAUUUACCUCGAAUGGCAAGUUUUAUAUGCAACAGCGAGUAUCGUGAAUAAAUAAUGGCUUAUGAAAGCAUAUUUUUGAGCCGUUAUGUCUAGUUUGGUUCUCAAUAAAUCUGUGAAUACCACUUUUGUGUAGAUGAACAAGACGACGUCAUAGAAUGUGCAUAAUAUGGAUGUUUGAGACAUCGACUUUUCUAGAUAUAAAGUCUUCUUGAAUCAUUAAUUUCGACCUACUAUCUCUUCUAACCAUCAAAUCUGAAAUAUUGACUAAACAUCCUUGAACUUGCACUUGGACCACGACUCCGAGUGGUGGAGGGAGGGGGAGGGGAGGGUCUAUUAUCAUAAUGAUGAUCAUCAUUGUUUAUAUCAUUGUUGUUUCAAUUACUGUUAUUAAGUAUUAUUAUAUUUCUUAUGGUUUUGUUCAUCAUUAGUUAGCCCUCAUCAGCAGUGUUGCAAACAACCACUAAUUAACAUUUCUACUAUUUCUGAAAAGAAUAAUGAAGGCAUCUUAAAUUUCAGAUGGACAAGACACUCACGAUUAUCAUUUAUAAUAUUUAUCAUGUUAAUCAUUGUUUUAAUAAUUUUGUUCAUACAAGCCGUUUCAAAGCGUUGGAGUAGGGGGAAUUACGGGCGGGUAUGAAUCUCUUUUUCCAUUCAUACAUAAUUAAAACACACAUUUAUCAGUGGCCGCGGAACCAAGGGGGAGGGGGGGGUGGGGCUUCAGCCCCACACUUUUCCCCAAAAAAAUCAUGUUCAAAUAUGUAAAAAUGACCAUCUAAUUGUGAUCUUUUUGCAUGGUCAGUCCCCAUUUUAAAAAUCGUUCCGCGGCCCCUGGAUAUAAUCUCUGUCCAAUUGAGUUUACCGAUCGGUCCCAGGUAGGUAAAGUAAGCUCCUGUCGGGAUGGCUUCAGUCACACGCACGAAACGAACUCCAGACCGAUCAAAGUUAUUACGUUAUUUUGAAUGGAAUAUUAUCUGUCGGUUCGGAGUCGGUUUCGUUGGUGUGACUAUGCCCUAGUCACACGAAAUACUCCGGCUGUGGCAUUAGUCAUUUUAAUCGAAUUAAACUGCUUUCAUUGUGUAGUGAUGUCCAUGGAAAUUUGAAGCGCGUGUAAUGAUGAAGAUGGGGGAAAACGCAACUUUAUAUAUACUUAAUUUGCAAUAUCAGUUGUUUAUUAUGCAACAAAUUCUUACUGAAAUAAUGAAUAAGAAUGAUUGGUUGUGGAUCAAACUACUUCACCUAAUU